AUGAUUCGCGGAAUCAGAAGCGUUGGCUUCCUCGGAGCGGCAAGCGUGUUCUGGUCCUGGAAGCUACGUCAGACACUCAGCAGCGACCAGAAGCGAGUUGUCAGCUUUGAAGAGCUGCAGAAGCAUAACAAGCCCGAGGACUGCUGGAUUGCCAUUAACCAGAACGUUUACGACGUCACGGAGUUCAUAAAGACGCAUCCCGGCGGUGUCGCACGGAUCCUGAGAUACGCCGGAAAUGACGCCACGAAAGGGUUUCAUUCCAUGCACCAUCCACAGUAUUUGGAGACGUUCCUGGACGGCUCGCUGGUUGGAGAAAUAAAUGACCUGCCUACCAAGAAAAAAAAGACAACAAACACCCGAAAAAGGCAAAAAGUCGUAGAGAUCGAGGACCAGGAGGAGCAAGUGGUGACAUUGGUUCCGCCAACCUUGUCCCAAAUCUUUUCGCUUUCGGACUUCGAGGUUGUUGCGAGAAACGUUCUUUCUCCAGCUAGUCUAGUAUACAUCUCUUCCGGAGCCGACAACGAGUUUACUUUGCGCGAGAACAGAUACGCACUUGGCCGCAUUUUCUUCCGGCCUCGCUGUCUCGUCGACGUCAGCGAAACCUCCAUCGAGACAGAAAUUCUUGGUGUCCGCACCGCUGCUCCAUUUUUUAUCAGUGCUUUCACGGGAUCAAAUUUAGUCCAGCCCGAAGGAGAAAAAAUACUGGUUUGUGCUGCUGCCGAGGAGAAGGUUGCAUAUAUGGUACCAAAGCGCGGCACAGUCUCAUUGGAGCAGCUACAUGCUGAGACAACUCCUGGACAGACACUUUUUUACCAACAUGAGUUUGAGUCUGAAGAAGAGCUGAGAGAGGCACCUAAACUUUUCAAGCAUAUAGAAUCCACAAUGCCACAAGUCAAGGCUAUCUUUGUGAAUGUGGACGUCGCUGCACGGGGAUACAGGGAGAAGGAGUACAAGGUUAGGGAACUGGAAGCAGGAAAGUCCGACGUCGAACUUGCUGGGCUUGCAGCGUCGGAACCGCAGUAUGUUGCUACGUGGGAAGAUUUUGAGACUCUCAGGAAAAGCACCAACUUACCAAUCAUUAUCAAGGGACUUCAACGAAAGGAGGACAUUCUGAAAGCUGCCGAGCUGGGAUUUCGCGGUGCAUUGAUUUCCAAUACCGGUGGACGCCAGUUAGAUUUUUCGAAACCUGCUAUUGAGACCCUUGCUGAUGUGCACGAGGUCUUGAAGAAGAAAAAUAUAGAUCGGAGCCAAUUCCAGCUAUUUGUCGAGGGGGGCUUCACUAGGGGCUCGGAUGUGAUCAAGGCGCUGUGUCUGGGCGCGUAUCCUGGCAUUGGCCGGCCAAUGCUAUACAGUGAGGUGUACGGCCAGAAAGGUGUUGAAAAAGCGUCACAGCUGCUCAAGGAGGAGAUCAUCAGAGACAUGAAACUGCUGGGAGCCCCAAGCGUUGCGUCUUUAGACGACAGUUAUCUGGACCUAAGCAGUUUAACAUUCAAGCCUGGAAUUCCUGACUUCCAGUAUGAAAGAAACUACACUCCGAUGGUCAACGUCGCCUUAAAAGUGCAGUAUUAA